UCAAUUUGAUUAAUCUUGUUUGUUGCAUACAAAAGUUGAGCCUAGAUUGGUUAGAAACAAGUGCGUUGGGUUUGGUUACACCACACGAACUGAAUGAAGCAGCAAAACCCGCCACUUCCCAAGGGUGACAUGCAAUGCAACCAAAGAAGCUCUCUCAUUCUGUUACAAGCGGCUCAAUUUUCAUUUUGGUUAUUUAAACAGAGACCACAAGCUUCUGUUGCUUUAAGCAAAAAUGAAAAAAGAUACAACAACAAAGAUGAUGAAUGGUGGUGGUGGAGUAGAGUCAAAGCCACGCAAACAAGGCUUUCCUGAUUACCUCGGAUCUGUGAAUUUGAAAUACGUGAAGCUUGGAUACAUUUACUUGCUCUCUCUUUCCAACAUCUUCUGCUUCUUCCUCCCUCCUCUUCUCCUUCUCUUCAUCUUUGUUUCUCGGUUUCUCCCAAUCUUGGCUUAUCCUCUAUCUAUCUUCUUGCUUCUUCUCCUUUACCACUUUCUUACCCCUUCUUCCUCUGUGUUCCUUCUUGAUUUCUCAUGUUACCGUCCACCUGAUCAUUUCAAGGUCAUGUCUCUCUCCUUUUCAACCUUGCAUCUCUUUCUUUCUCAUUGUUUUGUUUUUGUACAGAUCACCAAAAGCGACUUCAUCGAGCUGGCAAUGAACUCUAAUAACUUCAACGAGACUUCCAUCGAGCUUCAAAGAAAAGUCCUGGACCAAUCAGGCAUAGGAGAGGAGAGCUACAUGCCAAGAGUGGUGUUCAAGCCUGGCCACAAAGUCAACCUCCGCGACGGCCGUGAAGAAGCAGCGAUGGUGAUCUUCGGAGCUAUCGACGAGCUUCUUGCAGCCACCAAAAUCAACGUGAAGCACAUCAAGAUCCUGGUGCUGAACUGCGGAGUGCUCAACACCACGCCUUCUCUAUCGGCGAUGGUGAUCAACCACUACAAGCUGAGGCAUAACACGGAGAGCUACAACCUUGGUGGUAUGGGGUGUAGCGCUGGAAUCAUAGCCGUUGAUUUAGCUAAAGAUCUUUUGAACGCUCAUCAAGGCUCAUACGCUUUGGCGGUGAGCACUGAGAUAGUGAGCUUCACUUGGUACUCAGGCAAUGACGUCACGUUGCUCCCACCAAACUGUUCCUUCCGGAUGGGAGCAGCUGCGGUCAUGCUCUCUAGUCGGCGUAUCGAUAAAUGGCGCUCCAAAUAUCAGCUUAUGCAGCUGGUGAGAACACAUAAAGGCAUGGAUGACACAAGCUACAAGAGCAUGGAGUUGAGAGAAGACAGAGAAGGGAAACAAGGACUGUACCUAUCUAGAGAUGUAAUGGAAGUUGCUCGCCACGCAGUCAGAGCAAACAUAACAACGCUUCGUCGUCUCGAGCCUUCUUUCCAACAUAUAUGUGUGCUGGCGACGAGUAAGACAGCUCUCGACGAGAUUCAGAAGGAUCUCAAACUGACGGAAGAGAACAUGGAGGCAUCGAGGCAGACACUGGAACGUUUUGGGAAUACGUCGAGCAGCAGCGUAUGGUACGAGCUGGCUUAUUUGGAACACAAGGGGAAGAUGAAAAGAGGAGACAAGGUUUGGCAGAUCGGUUUCGGGUCAGGGUUUAAAUGCAAUAGUGUUGUAUGGAAAGCCCUGAGAAACAUUGAACCUUCAAGACACAAUAACCCAUGGAAUCUCUGAGGAUUUAAGUGUAUGAUGACUAACAUGAAUAAAGUGACUCAUUAAUAGAAAUAAUAAAGAUUGCAUUUAAUCAUAUCUAUGAUGCUAUAGGAUCUUACACAAAGCAAACCAUCCAAUAAAGAGAUGCACUAGUCUGCUCUUGACAUGUUUAUUAUCAUCAUCAUAAGAUAACAGCUGAACUUAACUAGUAGUUGACACAUGAAAGGAUGAAACUAUACAACCUUUUAUAUAUUGUGUUGUAGCAAAAAGAUGCAAAGCAUAGAGGAGAAGAAA